AUGACCUCACGUAUCGACAAGACAAUUGCUCGACAACGAGAGAAGAUCGCUUCUGGUGCUUACUAUGAAGCUCACCAGCAACUGCGGGUCAUCGCUGCCCGGUAUAUUAAGCAAGCGAACUACGAUGCGGCGGCAGAGCUUCUUGCCGGCGGGGCCACCGCUCUACUGAAAGCUGGAUCUCAGCAGGGUGCUUCUGCCAGUGGCGGCGAUUUGGCUAUCAUGUUGGUGGUUGAGGUCUACACAAAGGCGGGGUGGGAGAUUACUGGAGGAAAUGACGAUGCAGAGGGGCGGGCUCGGAAGAAGCGCUUAAUCGAGCUUCUGCACGAAUUUCCCCCCGAAGAGCCUACCCGGAGAAGGUUUAUCCAGGAGAUUAUCGGCUGGAGUGGCAGGUUUGGACCCUUAGAACGCGGCGACCCUGAGUUGCAUCAUGCCGCUGGAUCGGUAUACGCGGAAGACCACGAACCCUAUGACGCGGAAAAGCAUCUCAUCUUCGGUACCUCGGAAUCAGCUGAGACUCUGGCCAAACUUGAGUUCGAGUGGUACACCCAUGACGAACCGCACACUGCCGCAAUCUACGCCUCUCGCGCGGUAUUCCCCUAUCUCUUGAUCGGAAACCUUCGCAGCGCCAACAAAGCGUUCCUUAUUUUCACGUCAAAGCUUUCCUCCACAAACCCCUCACUCGGCGUGCAAGAUGUCAGUAGCGCUAGCUCUGACGUACGCGUCUUCCCCGCGCUGCCCUUGCUGAACUUCAUCAGCAUGCUGCUCCUUACCAUUCAGCGCGGUAGUUCGGAUUUGUUUAAACAGUUGACGGCGCAUUAUGCAUCCCAUAUCAAAGACGUCGGAAUUUGGGAUGACGCACUGUCUCAGAUAGGCGAGCAAUAUUUCGCAAUCAAGGUCCCAAGACAGAGCAACCCGCUACUGGAUAUGAUGGGAAGCAUGUUGUUUGGUGGCGGUCAGGAUGGUGCUGGUGCUGGUGCUCGGAUGGCACCUCAGGGCAGAGGAGGAUCGAAGAGGGUGGAAGCGCCUCCGACGAGUAUGGAGCUCGAUUAG